AUUCAAGAUGGCGGCUCAUGGAGGUCCUCCAGGCAUGCCUCCUUUAGAGCUUACUGAUGAAGAAAGAGCUGUGCUUCGAGAAUGUCGAGUAAAUAGCGUUUACUUUAGAGGAAUUCCACUUGGUGCAAUUUCUGUUCUCAUCAUGAGAGAAGGAAUGAAAACUGGAUAUCUGUCACACAUCAAGAGGUUUUCUGGAUUUUAUUACCCAGGAAUCUUUGCUUUGGGAUUUUYAUCUGGAAUUGCUUCUUACCGCAAGACAUGCAUGGAAAAAAUUUUGAGAUUGGAAAACUCAAAAUUAGCUGAUCAAGUUCGUGAAUUUUACAAAAAAGCUGGUAUGACAUCCCCAACACCAGGGGGUGAAAGUACAUUCACACCUGAUGAUCAUCUGAGUCACACAGAAUCUGGCUUUCAUGAAGAGAUGCCCAAACCUUCAACAAGUUUAAUCAGAGAGAGUACUGUUAGUGAGGGUGAUGCCUGGAGUGUGCCAAAUCCACUAGAGUUGACUGACGAUGAAAGAAAACAGUCCAAUAGGUUUACAAGUUAUGAGGAAUUAAGACGGCGCAACCGCAAUCAAUGGAUGAACACUGCACCACACCCACAUGUUGCUUCUAAAACACCAAAGGAUGAGGAACAAGUUGAAUACAGAGAAGCUGAUGACUACAAGUCGUCAACAGAUUCAUAUCAGAUAGAUAUGUCAUCCUCUUCUCUUUGGUCUGAAGAUGAUGCAUCAUACAAAAGUGACAAGGAUGAUGAUAAGAGCUCUCGCACCAAGAGGCAACGAGGAGGACCUGCACCAAUGAAAAACGAAUAUGGUGAUGUACUGGAUAAGUAAACAGCCAAUCAGUGUUUAGACAUUCAUCGUAUUUUAUAUUCCAAAAUAUGGAGAAUCAAGUAACAAAAUUAAGUGUGACACAGUACCGAAGUAUGACGAACGUUUUGCCUUCACGUUUCAUGGUUUUACCCUCACUACAGACUGACACUAUCAGAAAUGAUUUUAGAAUUGUAUAAAAAAACACCCAGGUCAGAAAAAAA